CUUCAAACACCACCCUCGAACUAGACAAUCUCAAAGUUCCAAUCCUCGACGACCAGACGACGAAAUAGCUACCAUACACACGAGAACCCCAUCGUACACAACCAAACCAAAACAAACCGACGACCACAAUGCCCCGCCGCCGCCGUCCCCCGCGCUCCGGCGCCCUAACCGAGCUUCCGCCCCUCAAGAUCCUCAGCCAGAUUGCCGCGCUACAAGCAAUCUACUACGCGGCCGCCCUGGUUCUCAUGUUCUUCACCGCGGCCGUGGCAGGGAACCCGUUCACGCUGGAUUUGGUGUUCGGGUGGGAGGCGGUAAGGGGGGAUAACACGCAGGGGUGGUUGAAUGGGUUUAUUUGGUGUUUGGUGGGUGGGUUGGUGUUACCCCUCUCCCUAACAGCCAUCGUCCAACGCUCCAAGCUCAUCCUCGACUUCGCCCUCACCACGCACUUCAUCCACCUCGUCGUCGUCACCCUCUACACCACGCCCGACCACACCUUACCUCGCCACACAGCCUGGUGGCUGACCAUGGCCAUUUCCUCCUUGGCUUCGUUCCUGCUUGGGUCGUGGGGGUGUCGAUAUAGGGAGCUUCAGCCUAUUGCUUUUGGUGGACAUGGCGGUAAUACCACCACUUCCAACAAUAAUACGAACGGAGGAGAGGGAGGACUAGGAGGAGCAGGGGAUGAAGAACAGGGCUUUAUUACAGGUGGAAGAGGGGGAAGAACCAAGCGCGGCUCCCGCGGUGAUCUGGGAGGGGAUUACGAAAUGGUCACCAUGGCCGGCGGCAGCGGCAGCGGCGGCGUAAGCGGUGGCGCAAGCGGCGGCGCAAGUGGUAAAGGGCACGGUCAUGGGAGAUCACAAAGCACCACCGUUUCACAAGCCGGAGGGCUACUAGGAAUGGGCCCAUUACAAAAAGCCGACUAGAAGUCAUCAUGGUCACCA